GUGUCGCAGAUAGUUCGAAAGGAGUGAUUAAAGUAAUUCCCGUUAUAAGUCGAGAGGAUGGUGAUGCUCUUUCUCUUCGAGGUUCGCAUCUAUCAUUUUGCUACGCGUAGAAGUUCGAAUCAGAGAAAAAAAUGACUGCUCACGUACUUCCGCUCGUUUCUGAAAGCCUUGCCGGCCUGCAGCCCUGGAUGCGCCAUGAGGAGCAUGGCCUUGCCGCGGAAGACUUGUCCCGGCAGCAAAGCAGCAAUCCCAAUCCAUCUCAGCAGCUACCUAGUUUUAUCGGUGGCUCUCUCAACUGGUCUAGACUCGAUUCGGCUGAGAAGCAAGUACACCGCCUAGAACUAAACGACUCCGGUAUUGCCGAGAUAGAACAGGCGUUGGAGGCGUUCCACGAGUUAGAAUUAGAUGGUGACGAGGUAACACGAGAGCGGUUCCCGCUGCCAAAUCUCAAAGAUCAACUUGAACAAUGUGCUCUCGGGGUUCACCGUGGUAGUGGGCUCUGCAUCAUCCGGGGGCUGAAACCGGAGAAAUACACGAUCGAAGAUAACAUCGUUCUAUUUCUCGCACUUUCGAGUUAUUUCGGGGAGGAGAGGGGUAUCCAGAACUCCAAGGGUGAUAUGCUAUCCCAUGUUACGGAGUCUAAAUCAUGGACUGCACCAAAGGAGAAACGCCACGGCAUACACACCAAUGAUAGAUUACCUUUCCAUAACGAUAUGGGAUGUGAAGUCCUGGCGAUCCAAGUCCGCGACCGCGCUGAAGCCGGUGGCCGCACCUGCGUAGCGUCCAUGACAGACAUCUACAAUGACCUACUGCAGUCGAAUCCUUGGGUAGUGCGUGCUCUCGCUAGGCAUGAUUGGCCGAUCCAGACAAGCUCGCGAAGAGCGGCCUCUUUCGUCCUAUCUCCCCUCUUAGAGUAUUAUGCCGACAACCUGCUAAUUUCGAUGGACCCUGCUCGCAUCGGACCCCACCCGUUAUCCCGAAGCGGAUCGAUUCCACAACUCACAGUAGAGCAGCGUGAGGCUCUCUCCGUGCUUCAGAAUGCAGCUCACAAGCAUCAGCUACAGCUUGAGACUCAACCCGGGGACAUAAUCUUCCUCAAUAAUUUAGCCCUUCUACAUGCUCGUGAGUCGUAUCAAGACAGCGUGUCUUCUUCGAGGCAUUUAGUACGGCUUUGGCUUCGAAAUACGCGAUUGGGAUGGGCAAUCCCCCCAUCUAUGAUAAUGCCGUGGAAUGCGUCUUUUGGAGAUGGAGCCCAAAAAGUAAUGAACAGAUAUUAUCCCAUAAUGCCAAUGCCCGAGUACAUGGAAUGUAAGUACUCAAACGGCACGGCAGCAUUUGUUGCCGAUGGCGAUGGCGAUGCCGACGACGAUGACGACGACGAUGACGAUGAAGAUGUAAUUGUCUACCUACUUUUACAUUUACAACAUUGAUGUCUUGUACUUUCAAAGUUCGUGCGAUGUGUCUACUUAAUCAUACCCCCAAUCUUCGCGAUUUUUUUUUUUUAAAAAAAAAGCCAGCUAUCCUCAACUCGUAGGUAGCUUUAAACGAAAAAAUAUCUGUCUUUAAAUAUCGACAUUUACAAAACCUAUUUCACCCGCAACAUCGGACUUAGA